CGGCCCCCGCCGCCGCCGCCAUGGCGGUGCGGAGCCGCGGCGCUUGGCGGCGGCGGCUGCUGCUGCUGCUGCUGCUGCUGCUGCUGGCGGGCUCCGCCGCCAGCCCGGCGGAGGAAGGCGGCGGGAGGCGGGAGGCGGCGGGCGGCGGGGAGCACGGCGAGGAAGCGGCGCGGCCUCACCACGAUUCUUCGUACGGCACCUUCGCCAGCGAGUUUUACGACCUGCGCUACCUCUCCGAGGAGGGUUACCCUUUCCCUACUGCUCCUCCUGUGGAUCCCUUCGCAAAAAUAAGAGUGGAUGACUGUGGAAAAACCAAGGGAUGCUUCAGGUACGGUAAACCUGGAUGCAAUGCAGAGACUUGUGACUACUUUCUAAGUUACCGUAGAAUAGGAGCUGAUGUUGAAUUUGAGUUGAGUGCCGAUACUGAUGGCUGGGUGGCGGUGGGAUUUUCCUCAGACAAGAAAAUGGGAGGAGAUGAUGUCAUGGCUUGUGUUCAUGAUGAUAACGGAAGAGUCCGAAUACAGCACUUCUAUAAUGUCGGUCAGUGGGCUAAAGAAAUCCAGAGAAAUCCUGCUAGAGAUGAAGAAGGGGUUUUUGAAAACAAUCGUGUAACAUGUCGAUUCAAGCGUCCUGUAUAUGUUCCCCGAGAGGAAACCAUCGUAGAUCUGCACUUGAGUUGGUACUAUCUGUUUGCUUGGGGUCCAGCAAUUCAGGGUUCUAUAACUCGUCAUGAUAUAGACUCACCACCUGUAUCAGAGCGUGUUGUCAGUAUUUACAAGUAUGAAGAUAUUUUCAUGCCAUCGGCUGCCUAUCAAACCUUCUCUUCUCCAUUCUGCUUACUCCUCAUUGUUGCACUGACCUUCUAUUUAUUGAUGGGAACCCCAUGACCGAUGGAAGAUAGCAAGAAUUUGUCAGUGGAAGUUUCUCAGGAUGGACGGCUAUUCGGAUGGACGAUGCGUUUUUCUAUUGGAAUUUAUAUCACACCACCAUCCUCAUCUAGCUGCUUUUGAACAUAGUUAGCUUCUCAGGAGAAUGAAAUAACCAUCUCCUUUGAGUGGCAGAGUGGUGACAAAUCAUUUAAGAAUAAUCACUGAACACAUAGGAGAAUAUUUUCAGUGUUGUGACUACUUGCUUAAAGAAAAGGAGACUUUUGUAAAAUCAAUGUGUGUGCGUGUGUGUGUAUGUGUGUUUGGGAGGGGUGUCUGUCUGUAUGUGUGUUUAGGUGAAUUUAGUGAUGGACACCUUAUCAAAUAACAAAAUUGCCUUCCAAAUUGCUCCCAAAAAGCAAAUUUGGGAAAACAUUAUAAUGCUGUUUGGUACUUCUGGAGCAGACAGCACAACUCCAAGUGCAGUUUCUGAACUUAAGAUCCGGAUACCGACACAGCAGUAUAAAACCUGCCCUUCAGUAACGGACAGUUCUCCCUAUUUUUUUUUUAUAUUUAUCAAGGUUUACUUGCUCUGGUACUUUCCAAAACUAAACUUGCAUAAUCAAGCAUUAACAUGGGUUGGUUUUUUUUUUUCCCCAAUGGAAAAGAGGUGAUGAAUGUCUGUCUUUAUAAUAGUAGAGUUUCAACAACCUUCUUGAAAGAAAUGGCUACUUCCUUUAUGAGUGAGAUAUCAAGUUAUUUAAACAAGGGGAGGGGAGAAUACAGUAAUGUAAAUUCUCCAUACAUAGGAAAAACAAGCAUAAAACAUACAGAAUAUAGAAGUUCCAACAAGCCAUAGGAUGUCCUCCCAAUAGAUUAAAUCAAUUCUUCUCUUUUUAUGAAAAAAACAGUAAUUUUGGUGACAUGUAAAUACGUUUUUAAGCAAUUGUGUAGUAGUAUGAAGUAGUCUGUUUUUCUGUGUUGUAUGCCUGUAUAUCCGGUUCAUGUUAAAGGUGAAUAUGGGCAGCUGGUGUUAACUUACAAAGACAUGGAAAUAUAAUUGAGAUUAUUUGUAAGGAAAGAUAGGAAUCAAUAAGCAGAGCAGUAUCUUUAGUUUCAUCAAACCACUGCUAAAAUGUAGUUACUGUGGAAAAAGAUGAGCUAAAGAGGAAAUACACUAGAUUUUUUUUUUAUCACCAAAAAUAUUACAAAGCUAAAUAUUACAGAAAUGGAAAGUGUCAAAAUGUAUUUAUGAGCCACAGAAUAUUAUGAAAAACUGAGUUCUUGUGGACAAUUUCUGUUCUUCACGUAAUAGGAAGUGUAUGACACAUGGCUACAUGGAGCAGUCAAAUGUGCUUACAUAAGGUUGCUCAUUCACUUCCCAACUUGCAUUAAAAUUCCAUUUCAAUAGAAUUAAAAUUUAAAUUGUGCCAAAGUUCUAUCUAA